ACGCCUAAAUUCAUGAGUGCGCAUUUCACAACGUCCCGUCGGCAGGAGAGGAAUACCGCCGCCGUGAUUCGCUAUGGACCGGUUCGCUGGGGCUCACCAUGCCGGAUGCGGGUUUACAUAUUUGUGCAUGAUAUGAGUCUGUAACUGUCUCGGGACCAGACACGACGACCUGAAGAUCACCGCCGUGCGCGUGCUGUUGUUGUCGCUAACGUUACUCUGCAGCGGACAACAUGGCUGAGGAUGACAGAGAAUGGGUUGUGGAGAGCAUCGUGGGCUAUCUAGGAAGCCCCGAGUGGGUCAUUCCUGUCACGGACUUCAUGGAAAAUAAAUGCACAGUUUUUGACGACGAAGAUGAGAAUAAGUUGUCGUACACUGAAAUCCAUCAGCAGUAUAAGAAACUGGUGGAGAAGCUGCUGGAGAAUUACAUGCAGGAGGUUGGCAUUAAUGAGCAGCAGUUUUUGGAUGCAUGCACCUCGCCUUUUGCCAAGUCCAAAACUCUGCAGAUAGUGUUUCAGCCGGUUCUGGCUACAGAUGACUUCCAGAUGUUUCGUUCACUGAUGGUUCAGAAGAACAUGGAGCUCCAGCUUCAAGCAUUGAGGGUCAUCAAGGAGAGGAAUGGGGCCCUACCUGACUGUCUGACUGACGGGACAGAUGUGAUGACAGAGCUUCAGCAGCAGGAAAUGAGGAUCCUACAGGAGGUUCUCAAAAAGUCAAAAGAGGAAUAUGAUGAGGAAAUGUCAAUGCGGAUGCUUUUAGAGGAGGAAGUUGGUUCCACCUCCAGAAGCUCCUCUGAUAAGCCAGUUAGAGAGAGUGGUGAAGCCCAGCAAGAGACCUCUGCUUCCAGCCAACAAAACAGCACUGCCAAGAUCAAAGCAGAGGGGAAUGGUGACUACAAAACCACUAACGGUUACCAGACCCCAGUAAUGAAUGGAAACACUGCCACUGAAUGUCAUCUGGUCAACAGCAAACCUGUGUCAAAGGAGGAGACAAAGGCCACUGCUACAGGAGGCAGAGACGGGAAGAACUCAGCAAAGGGCAGCUCCUCCUCUAAACUCACCACAGACUGUGGCAGUAAUGGGCUUGAGCCCAGAGUUCUUCCAGCAGUGAGGGCUCCAGUGAAGUCCAGUGAGCUUCCAAGCACCAAAGAGCAGAGCAGCAGCAGCCAGACUGCAGCCGAGGCCUGGGUAGAGGAGGCGCGAAAGGAGGCCGGCAUCUCCAAGCCAUACACUGAGCUCUCGCUGUCACAACAGGAGCAGCUCCAGCAGAGGGCAGCGUAUCUACGUCAGCAGAGAGACAAACUGCACGCUCUGAAGAAAGAACAGCAGAAAAGCAAGCAGAGCUCCACAGCAGAGGAGACACCUUCCAAUCCCACACCAGCACCCGCAACCCCGGUAAGCUGUCAGGAGGCAGUGGGACAGUCCCAGAUGAAUGGGGCCUGUACCCCUCCUCAUCCUCCUCCUCCUUCAGCGCAACACUCCGUUAACUCGUCCAAACAGAAGGAGAUUUCUGUAGAGGAGAAGAAGAAACUACAGAAGAGAAAACAUCUGGCUGACAAGUUGAAAGAGGAAGUGAUCAAGAAAUAACAGCCCUUCCUACUGCAAUAUUUCACUAUAAUCCACUACACCACGAUACACUCCUGCUGUAAUCAGACAUGGCUUCCUUUGCACCACCUACCUGAGAUUAUCGCCAUUUCAGAAAGCUAAGUUAGAUCUUCCUUAAUUCAGAAGCUCUGGAUUUAACACUGACAUUUCACUGAUGCACUGUGCAAAUUUACAGCUCUGGAAAAAAAUUGACAGGGAAGAAUACUGAAUCUGAUACUUAAAGGGCCAAAUGAUUUAAGACCAGAAUAUCCAUAAAUGGUGCUGGAGAAAGAAAAAUAGGUCUCCUACUGUACAGUAUGUGCUACAUCAACUUAAAAGUUGUUUGGCUAAUUUUUCUCAACAGCUGUUUCUUUAGUGAUUUUCAGUCCAGAUUAGAGUCUCUGGGACACACUGCAGCUCAAACACAGAAAUCCUACUGACAGCGACCGGUGUUCACUAGAGAACUAAACCAGGAAAAUGGACGCCUCACCCCAUGACACAAGUCCAACAAGUUUUCACAUAUUCAAGCUGAAACAUGAUCUGUCACAAAGCCUAGCAAAAGUCGGCCAAAUGCAAGCAGAGAAAUGAUCAGUUUGAUUUUUAGCUCAUCAGUCACAUUUCCUGUUUGUGUUAUGUUUUAAGCUAGCAGCCUGGAGCACAAAUAUGAAGGGACUGGUAAUCAGACUCAUGGUUCAUAAAUCUAGUGUGAAAUGAUCAGAUCUGUCGGUCGUAGAGUUAGAGAUCAGGAGGCGGUAGGAAAACAUCACAUCAAAAAUACUGCUUUCAGUUUUAUACUUACAAAUACUAUGACAGUGAUUAGUUUAAAACACUGCUGUUACACUUUCCUACCAAAGAAUAUUAAUUAUAGAAGUUUAUAGGCCUACACUACAAAUGAGAAAAAAAAGAAAACAAUCCUGUUCACAGUAUGAAUAAUCCAAACCUAAACAAAGAACCUGUAAGAAUACCAUUAAGGCACUGGAUCAGUAAGUGAUAUUGAUGGUGAUAGAUACAUUCUUAUAAUCAACCACUUCAAAUUUGUAGACAUGAACCCCAUUAAUAAACACCUGUAGAAUGUGAUUAAGAGUAUGAUGGGAUUGAAAAUCAGGCUUCCACUAAAUACUCAUUCCUGAAGUCUUCCUCAGACAAAGCAUUAGAUUGUGUUUAAAAUGCAUUUGAACUUUGUUUCCUGUGUUAAAUUUGAAAACAUCACUAAUGCAUUUUGACAAAAUUGUCACUUUCUCUUAAUGGUCUCAGUGGCAACAUUUUAAUUUGGAAUUUAUGAGAUGUGUUAAGUUUCUAGAAUAUAACAGAGAGGUUAAUUUUACUCAAACACAUACCUAUAAGUUUUGUAGUAGUACUAGUAGUACCAGUGCGCUCUUAUGUUUUUUUCCAGAGCUGUAUUUUUUCUUUUUUGGAUUGCCUUGCAGGUGAACAUUUCAUGAGACAUUGGCAAAAGAUGAAAGCACAAGGCUUUAGUUGUAAGGAAUGACUACAUCUUCACUACAGCACCAUUACUACAAUAUGAUCUUACAAUGCAUCUCUUGAAGGGAGAUAUUUAAAUUCACUUUAUGCAAAAAAAAUACACCUAUUAGUCACGGUGCAAAAUGAUAAUUUGUGUUUUACAUUAAGGGAAUACUGAUUUUUGGACAGAACCCUCAGCUUUUUGUGUCUGCAGGCAGCAUUCAGAGGUCAGAAACAGGCCACCUGGUGAAUCAUGGACACCACGUGGAUGCUGAUUAUGGGUGAAUCUGGGCAAAGUCCUCGGUACAGCAGUUUUAUGAUGAGCUAAUGCUAACAUUAGCUAGUGCAAGUGUACAGUCAGUGUGACUUUGUAUGAUUAACGCAGUAUUGUUUACACCGAUCUGCAGUCUGCAAUCCUGAUGCACCAGUUUCUAUGUAAUACUGUUAUCAUAUGCCGUUUAAUAAAUCACAUUUUAUAGAAACCA